AAAAAGAUGAAAUGAGAACAUUUGAUAAAGCAAAUUAUGCAUUUUUGAUGAUUGUUGAUUAUAUAGAUUGGAUGUAUCAAUUUAAACGUAAAAAUACAAAUAACAAUGAUGGUGAAAUUUAUCUAUUGGGAGAAAAUUUUAAUUCACUAAAUAGUAAUUCAGGUAUUCCAGCUUUUUUUAGUAGUGGAUAUAUUGAAUAUGCUUGGAGACCUGAUAUGAAAGAUGGAUCUACUUUUAACUCUUUAUUAUUAAGAAUUACUGAAUAUACAUGUGUUAUUAAACAUUGUGGUAGUGAAAUAAAGUUAAAUGCAUGUCAAUCUAGAAGAGAUGAUGGGGUUUCAGUUGAUAAAAUUGAAUUUGGAAUAGAAUCAAAAGAAGUUGAGUUGCAUGAUAUUUCUAUUCAUUUAAAAUUUACUAGUUAUCAUAAUAAAAGCAAACAAAGUAGAAUUAGAAUACCCUCAAGUAUAGAUUAUGAAACUAAUGAAUUACAAUAUACAAAUAUAACUUUGGUGUUGGAUACAAUGAUCUUAAAACUUUUUAUUGUUGAAAUAUGUCUUAAAGAUGCUGCAAAAGAUAAAGAUAUAGCUAUUGGUGAUAUUAUUAUUGAUGCUGCUGAUAUAAAUGAUAUACAAUUUAGAGAAUAUAUUAAUCCAGUGUUAGUCACAGAAAUCAAGAUUCCUUGUGAUGGGUGUGAAUUUCAAGAACAUGAAGCGAUUUUAUAUUUAAAUUUAAAUAAGUUAAAUGUUUGUAAGUUAGAAAAUAAUAAAAAUGAUACUAUUUUAUUUGAUAAAGGAAAUUAUGCAUUU